AUGGCUCCUCCACCACACACCCGCCCUCACCGCCCUCAGCAGCGCCUCACCGCCCUCAGCAGCGCCUCACCGCCCACAACAGGGCCUCACCGCCCUCAGCAGCCCCUCACCAGAGCCUCACCGCCCUCAGCAGCGCCUCACCGCCCUCACCAGAGCCUCAGCAGCGCCUCACCGCCCUCACCAGGGCCUCACCGCCCUCACCAGGGCCUCACCGCCCUCACCAGGGCCUCACCGCCCUCACCAGGGCCUCAGUACCGCCCUCACCGCCCACAACAGGGCCUCACCGCCCUCAGCAGCCCCUCACCAGAGCCUCACUGCCCUCAGCAGCGCCUCACCGCCCUCACCAGAGCCUCAGCAGCGCCUCACCGCCCUCACCAGGGCCUCACCGCCCUUACCAGGGCCUCACCGCCCUCACCAGGGCCUCACCGCCCUUACCAGGGCCUCACCGCCCUCACCAGGGCCUCAGUACCGCCCUCACCGCCCACAACAGGGCCUCACCGCCCUCAGCAGCCCCUCACCAGAGCCUCACUGCCCUUAGCAGCGCCUCACCGCCCUCACCAGAGCCUCAGCAGCGCCUCACCUCCCUCAGCAGCGCCUCACCGCCCACAACAGGGCCUCACCGCCCUCAGCAGCCCCUCACCAGAGCCUCACCGCCCUCAGCAGAGCCUCACCGCCCUCACCAGAGCCUCAGCAGCGCCUCACCGCCCUCAGCAGCGCCUCACCGCCCACAACAGGGCCUCACCGCCCUCAGCAGCCCCUCACCAGAGCCUCACCGCCCUCAGCAGAGCCUCACCGCCCUCAGCAGAGCCCCAGCAGCGCCCUCACCGCCCACAACAAUCAGCCACUUGCCGGAGUGCGGCCAAACACUAA